AUGAUUAAUAUCGAUGGAUCGUAUCUCGAGGGUGGUGGUCAAAUAUUGCGUAAUGCCACAACAUUGAGUGUUAUUUUAAAUAUUCCUGUUCAUGUGACAAACAUCCGAGCGGGUCGAUCUCAAGAUGGAUUACGGCCUCAGCAUCUGACUAGUAUUCAAUUAUUGACGGAAUUUUCCGAAGCAACACUCGAUCGGGCAACGAUUGGUACAACAGAUAUUCAAUUCACACCAAAAACGAUCAAAAAUGGCAACUAUACUGGUGAUACAAAAACAGCUGGAAGUGUCUGUUUAAUGAUGCAAACUGCUCUUCCUUGUUUACUUUUUGCUAAUGGACCUUCAGAAUUGAAAUUGAUCGGAGGAACAAAUGUUGAUUUUGCUCCAGAUAUUGAUUACUAUGAAAUGAUUUUUCGACCAGUAGCUAAACGGUUUAAUUUCAAUUUCAAUUUGAACAUUGUUCGAAGAGGUUACUAUCCGAAAGGUGGAGGUGAUGUUCGCAUUACGAUCGAUCCAGUCGAGCAGUUAAAUGCCGUUGAUCUAACAGAAUUUGGACAAAUUAAACGAUUUUUCGGUCGGUCUUUUGUUGCUGGUAGUCUUUGUUUACAGGUUGCUGAGGAACUUGCUGAAGCCAGUAGAAAGUUGAUACGCCAACAUUAUACCGAAGAGCUUCCAAUAGAAAUUGAAGUUGUUAAGGAGCCGGAUCAAAUAGCUACUGGAACAGCAAACGGUAUUAUAAUAGCAGCAGAAACGACUACAGGUUGUCUGUUAGCAGCGAAUGUAUUAGGUAAACGUGAAAAAUCAGCAUCUGAUGUUGCAAUACAAGCGACUGAGCAAUUAUUGAAAGAUUUAUCAUGCGAAGCAUGUGUUGAUCGAUAUUUAGAGGAUCAAUUAAUUCUAUUGAUGGCACUGGCAAAAGGACGUUCGAGAAUUCGAUGUGGACCCUUAUCUGAUCGUACCAAAACAGCAAUUUACGUAGUCGAACAUCUAACAAAUGUAAAAUUCCAAGUUACAGACGAGAAUUUACCUGCUUCUCGCGGUACUAUUCUGAUUGAAUGUGAAGGUCUUGGUUAUCAACGACGGCAUUGA